CCGGGCGCACUGCCUUGGGCUGAGUCUCCCGACGGCGGGCGGUGGGGACCGGGCGCGGCGGCGGCGGCGGCGGCGGCAGCGGCGGGAGAGCAUGGAUUGGGGCACGGAGCUGUGGGAUCAGUUCGACGUGCUGGAGAGGCACACGCAGUGGGGGCUGGACCUGUUGGACAGAUACGUCAAGUUCGUCAAAGAACGGACCGAGGUGGAGCAAACUUACGCCAAACAGCUGCGGAGCCUGGUGAAAAAAUACCUGCCCAAGAGACCCGCCAAGGAUGAUCCUGAGUCCAAGUUCAGCCAGCAGCAGUCCUUCGUGCAGAUUCUCCAAGAAGUGAACGACUUUGCAGGCCAGCGAGAGCUGGUGGCCGAGAAUCUCAGCGUUCGGGUGUGCCUGGAGCUGGCCAAGUUCUCACAGGAGAUGAAACAGGAGAGGAAGAUGCACUUCCAAGAAGGUCGCCGGGCCCAGCAACAGCUGGAAAAUGGCUUCAAACAGCUGGAGAAUAGUAAACGGAAGUUUGAGCGUGAUUGUCGGGAGGCGGAGAAGGCAGCGCAGACUGCUGAGAGACUCGACCAAGAUAUCAACGCCACCAAGGCCGACGUGGAGAAGGCCAAGCAUCAGGCCCACCUUCGGAAUCACAUGGCAGAAGAAAGCAAGAACGAGUAUGCUGCCCAGUUACAGCGCUUCAACCGAGACCAGGCCCACUUCUAUUUUUCCCAGAUGCCCCAGAUAUUUGACAAGCUGCAGGACAUGGACGAACGCAGGACCACCCACCUGGGCACCGGCUAUGGACUCCUGUCGGAGGCUGAGCUGCAGGUGGUGCCCAUCAUUGCCAAGUGCUUGGAGGGCAUGAAGGCGGCGGCGGAAGCAGUGGAUGCCAAGAACGACUCCAAAGUGCUCGUGGAGCUGCAUAAAUCCGGCUUCGCCCGCCCGGGCGAUGUGGAAUUUGAAGAUUUCAGCCAGCCCAUGAACCGCGCCGCCUCGGACAGCAGCCUGGGCGCCCCUUCCGACGGACGCACCCCGGGCCGAAGCCGUGCCAAGCUCUGGCCCUUUAGCAAGAAGAACAAGCCGCGCCCCCCACCCCUCUCCCCCCGGGGGGCCCCCCUGCCCUCGGUGUUACCUAAUGGACCCCCGUCCCCCCGAUCCGGCCUCGACCCCUUGGCCAUACUGAGCGAGAUCAGUAAGUCGGUCAAACCCCGGCUAGCAUCCUUCCGCAGCUUCCGAGGUGGCCGUGGGACUGUGGCAACCGAAGAUUUUAGCCAUUUGCCCCCGGAGCAACAGAGAAAGCGGCUUCAGCAGCAGCUGGAGGAAAGGAACCGCGAGCUACAGAAGGAGGUUGACCAAAGGGAAGCCUUAAAGAAAAUGAAGGAUGUCUAUGAGAAAACGCCCCAGAUGGGGGACCCUGCCAGCCUGGAGCCCCGAAUCGCAGAGACCUUGAGCAACAUUGAGAGGCUCAAGUUGGAAGUGCAGAAGUAUGAGGCGUGGCUGGUGGAAGCAGAGAGCCGGGUCCUGAGCAAUCGGGGAGACACACUGAGCCGCCACCCCCGGCCCCCCGACCCCCCGACCAGCGCUCCCCCUGACAGCAGCAGCAGCGGCAGCAAUAAUAGUGGAUCCCAGAACAACAAGGAGAGUUCUGAAGAACCCCCCUCAGAGGAAGGUCCGGAUGCCCCCAUCUACACAGAGUUCGAUGAGGACUUUGAGGAGGAGCCCACGUCCCCCAUUGGUCACUGCGUGGCUGUCUACCACUUUGAAGGCUCCAGCGAGGGCACGGUCUCCAUGGACGAAGGCGAGGAUCUCAGCUUGAUGGAAGAGGACAAAGGCGACGGCUGGACCCGAGUCCGGCGGAAACAGGGAGGGGAGGGCUACGUUCCCACCUCCUACCUCCGGGUCACGCUUAACUGAACCCAACUCGGGGUGCGAAGGGGAGGGGGCGUCGGCUGCUGCUUCCGGCCCACGGGGCGUCCCAGGACCUACGCACUUUAUUUCGGCCCCCUGCCCGCCGCCCCCACCGUGGCUUCGGCUGAGACCUGUGUAGCCUGCUGCCCCCACCCCCACUCCCCCUCUCGACCCGCUGUGCCUUCAACCACCGAUGUACAUAUUCCUACGUCAUUUUUUUUUCUGAUGCUCGGCCAGGGCUGUUAUGUUUUAUAUAUAAAAGAGAAAAAUGA